AUGGGUUCAGAGGAUAUAACUAGACCAAAAGGACAUUCAAGAUGUUCCAAAGGCAGCGUGGUUUUCCCCUUGAUGUUUCUGAUCUGUUCUGCUGUUCCUGGCAGUGGAUUUUCACUGAAGAGCUGCAGCCUGAGCAAGACUAUAGCUUUUUGUGCAGAGAAACGACUGACUACUAUUCCUCAGGAUAUUCCUCCGACUGUUACCGGCUUUGACCUUUCUGUAAACAGGCUGACAAAGAUACGAUCUUCAGAUUUCACACCCUUACCUCUUCUAGUGUACUUGGAGCUGAAUCGCAACAAGAUUUUACAUAUUGAAAGCGCUGCUUUUGCCACUCUGACUUCCCUAAAAAAGUUAAAUCUUAACAACAAUAAAGUUAUCAAACUCGAGGAAAGAGCUUUUGAUGGGUUGAGCAACCUCACCGAGUUACGAAUUAAUCAUAACAAGAUAAAUAUUGUGUCAUCCACAUCGUUCCAGUCUUUGAGGAAAUUAAAACACAUGCCACAGCUUCAAGAGUUGGUGCUAAAAGGAAAUGGUUUAAAAACCUUUCAUUCAUGGGAACUUACCAACAACUCACUCAAUCUUUGCAGACUUGAUUUGACUUUUAAUCCUUUGGAAGACUUCAGGAUCACUGCUGACAUCUUCCAUAAUCUCACCUGUCUGAAGAUCGGCAAUCCUUACGGCAACAAACCAAUGACGUGGGAUCUGAAAAACCAUACUUUCUUGAGCACAGUGUCCAGUCUUGACAUCAGUGGGCUGAUUAUGUCUCUUGAUGAUAUGAAAGAGUUAUUUAAAGCUGUAAACUCAUCACUCACCUUUCUGCGGAUGAACAGCAUGAAACGCAACCAAAGUCAACUCAUCAACAUUUCCUGCUCCAUUCCAACAAUGUCCAAAUUGCAUUUUCGACGCAAUAAACUCAAAAUUAUCGAUUCAGAUUUGUUCAAAUUAUGUGUCCAUCUGACUGAGUUAGAUUUAGCAGAUAAUCAUAUAAAAAUUAUCCAAGAAAAUGCCUUCACAGCACUAAAAGGUUUAAGGAUUUUGAGCUUGAAUAGAAAUAAACUUUCAUCUGUUCCAAUCGCAACAAGGAAUCUACAAAAUCUUUCUGAGCUUGAUCUAGAUAGCAACACAAUCCGCUCAAUCACAUGUCAAGAUUUCGCCAAUAAGACGAUGCUGAAGGAACUAAGCUUGAAGAAUAACUCAAUCUCAGCUCUGAACAAAUGUGCCUUCAAGGAUUUGCUACGACUCCAAGUUCUACGAUUACAAUCCAAUCAGAUAGCACAAUUAAAUGGAUCUUUUGAAAAUCAUCUUCCAAACCUUAAACGUUUGUAUUUGAAUGGAAAUAAACUUACUAAAAUUUUGGGAAAGGAAUUUGGAGGCCUGAGGUCUCUCCUUAACUUAUCAUUACAUCAAAAUCAAAUAAAGGACCUUUAUAAAGACAGUUUUGUUGGACUGACAAAUCUCACUGAUGUCCGCUUGCAGUCAACCAGUAUCGCAAGACCGGCUUUAAAGUCAGGUGCUUUCAAUGCUCUGAUUAAUCUAAGAAGAUUGGAUCUAUCUUCUAAUCAUAUAAAAUAUUUUGACAGUCAACCUCUAACGCAUCCACCAUUUUCUAAUCUGUCCCGUUUGGAGGAGUUGUCUAUUAUUGGUCAGCAUUCUUCUGGAAAGUCCUUUCUGCCUGCAAAUUUCCUGCAAGGUUUAAACAACUUGUUGAGUUUCUAUGCCAAAAGAAUUCAUAUUGUUUACAUCGAUAAAGACACAUUUAAAUACACCCCAAAGCUCGAAAAUCUUGAUCUUGGGUCAAAUGAUUUGAGGACUCUGUCUUCAGAACUGUUUGCCCCAAUACAAAACCUUAAAAACCUCUACAUACACCGAACAGGUCUUCAGUCGUUAGAUUUCUUCAUAGAUGCCAAUCUGACCAAGCUGGAGUUCCUGGAGGGACGACACAACCAAUACUCAGUCAUCACCGAAGAUGUAAUCAAGUCGCUUCCAUCGCUCCUGUGUGUUGACUUUACAUAUCUUAGUUUCUCCUGUGACUGUGACAAUGCCUGGUUUCUAAACUGGACAAUAGCAAAUACACAAACACAGGUUAUUGAUGCGUAUAACUACUCUUGCAAUUAUCCAGAUGACUUCAAAGGCAAAAAGCUUUUGGAUUUUGAUUUCACAUCCUGCUUACAAGAUAAGGGUUUCAUCUGCUUUGUGUCCACAACAUGCAUGGUUUUCUUUGUCAUGUUUAUGUCCUUCAGCUACCAUUUCAUGAGGUCCCAACUUUACAUUGCCUACUACCUAUUCUGGUCUUGGCUCUUUGACUCAAAGUACAAAAAUAAGCAAGCUCCUCAUCGGUACGACGCCUUUAUCUCCUACAACUCCAGUGAUGAGCCUUGGGUGAUUGGUGAACUGUUACCCAAACUGGAAGGAGAGCAGGGCUGGAGGCUGUGUCUGCACCAUCGAGACUUUGAACCAGGGAAGCCCAUCAUAGACAACAUCACAGAUGCCAUCUAUAGCAGCAGGAAGACGAUCUGUGUGAUCAGCCGCAGAUAUCUCAGGAGCGAGUGGUGCUCCAGGGAGGUCCAGACAGCCAGUUUCCGUCUCUUUGACGAGCAGAAGGAUGUGCUGAUCUUAGUCUUCUUGGAGGACAUUCCCACCUCCAUGCUGUCUCCUUUCCACCGAAUGAGGAAGCUGCUGAAGAAGCAGACCUACCUGAGCUGGCCGCGCGCUGCAGACCACCCAGAGGUAUUCUGGGAAAACCUGAGGAACGCUCUGCGGACCGGCAACGAUCCAGAUGAGCAGAAAUUACAACUCGCUGUGAUAGAAACGUGUUGAUGAGAAGGAAGGGCACAAUUAACGACUUCCUCCUGGACGAGCUGGGAUUAUUUUCUGCAUCGUGGGAACAACAGAGGAUUUCAUUUAUAUCUCAAUCAACUAAAAGAUAUUGUACUAUGAGUCAAAAAACAUCUUCAAAA